GGUGGUACAAUCUAGAUAAAAAGAUGUCAAGGCUUUCUCUCUCUUAGUACCGCCUCCAAUUUUCAAGAUGCAACUAUUCGCAAUUACCAUUGCAAUCCUCAGCAUUCACUGCGCUUUCGGCGAGCAGUGUCAAAAAUCGUCGCAAGAGAGCACCGACGAAUGUAUCCAGAUUAUUCAUCCACAACAUGGCAAAUUAUUGGGAAAUAUUACCUACAUGGCUGAAGAGUACCAAAACCAAAUCGAAAAAAGUCUCAAAGAUGUCCAGAAUCUAAUUAACAAUAGUAGUUCCGUCAGUAGUGGGUGCAUGAAAACUUUAUUGAACAGCGUUAAUGAGUUAUCCAAAUCCUAUAUGACCAAAAUAAUAAUGGUUGAUGCCAACGUUAAACAUCGUUUUAUGGGUGUUUAUAUAGCACUCAUGAAUGCUAUUAAAGAUGUUCAAGGAUGUGUGGACAGACCUCACGUUUCAUGCGAGGAAAUUCGUACGUGUUGCUCCAGUGUUGAAAAUGCGUUGUACGCGGAGAGGGGUGUCAGUGUUGAGAAAAUAAGCAAUUUUCUUGUCGAGUUUAAAACACAAUACAGCAGUGAAUGUGAAACGAUUUUAAAUACCAUUUAUAAGCUACAGGAAGAUGUAAAUGAUUGCAAGGCGGGGGUUACUAACCGAAAAGCACCCCUAAGGUCGCACGGACUUCUUAGUCUAAUUCACAAGUCCAGUGGUAGUCUAAACGUGGUCGCCAAUGGAUUAUUAGUUAUUUUUACUACUUUGUCUUUAGUCAUGCAUAUAAAAUUAAAAUAAAUUAAGUAAACUGUUACCUGACAAGCUUGA